GCAGGGGGCGCUAAUAAGGAACAGCCAAUGGACAUUCUGAGUAUCGCUGGGCUUGUGGCGUUGCCGGAAGCUGUGUAAGUAAACACUCGUAUUCCAAUUGGAGCGCAAACACUUCUCUUGUUAUCGCUAUUUGGUCAGUCAUGGAAGACAGCAGCGGAUUCCGCCCCUCGGUGGGCAAUUUGGACGACCCCCCGAACAGCAGGGUAUUCUUGGUGGUCAGCAAAUAUGCGACAGAGGACUUGAUCAGGGAAAGGUUCUCCGAUUUCGGCGAAAUCCAGGACAUUUGGGUGGUCAAAGACAAGCAGACAAAGGAGUCUAAAGGGAUCGCGUUUGUCAAGUACUCCAAGUCUUCGCAGGCUUGUAGGGCAAUGGAAGAGAUGCACGGCCGGUGCCUUAGUGAGAGCACCAAACCCAUAAAGGUGUUCAUUGCACAGUCAAGAGGUUCUUCAAAUCACAGAGAUGUUGAAGAUGAAGAGCUAACAAGAAUUUUUGUAAUGAUUCCAAAGUCAUACACGGAAGAAGAUGUAAAGCAAAAAUUUAAGGAAUAUGGACACAUCGAGUAUUGCUUAAUUAUUAAAAAUAAGAGUACCGGUGAAAGUAAGGGUUUGGCAUAUGUGAGAUUCCUGAAGCCCUCUCAGGCUGCUUUGGCUAUCGAAAACUGUGACAGAAGCUUUAAGGCAAUUUUGGCUGAGCCUAAGAACAAAGGUGGAAGUGGUGGAGGUGUCACAGAGAACGACUACCACAGCAGCGCAAGGCAAGAAGCAUUGAUACAGCAUGACCACACUGCUGCUGCCACUGUGUUUUCUUAUGAGUAUGAUUAUUCAUCUUACGACAAAAAUGCAGAUGCCAGAACACAGGAGACCAUAUCCAAGAGGCUCAUCGUUGUUUCAAGACUUCCAAUGAUUCAGGAGCAAGUGCACAAUUUAUUUGAUCUGAUUCCUGGUCUUGAAUAUUGUGAGGUCCAGCGAGAUCCAUAUAACAGCUUUGGCCAUGCUAUUGUGCAAUACCAGAACAUAUCAUCUGCUAUAUAUGCCAAGUACAAGCUGCAUGGCUUUGAGUAUCCUCCUGGAAAUCGUCUUGGAGUCACUUACUUAAAUGAUGGUGGAGAUGGCUCUGAACUUCUUCGAAAAAUGGCUUCACAGAUGGUGGCUGCUCAGGUCAGUUCAAUGGUAUGGGGCUCUUCGCAGCAUUAUCCUACAGCACCGCCUUUUGAACGAGCAUAUGGCUCCCCUGUUACAUCUCAGCUCCAGACUGACGCUGCUCUUCCAUCAAUCAAAAAGAAAGCUCCAAGUGAUGCACAGUCAAAGGAAAGGCUAUUUAUUGUGUUCAACCCCCAUCCAUUACCUUUGGAUAUAAUGGAAGAUGCUUUCUGUCGUUUUGGAAAUCUUAUUGAAGUGUAUAUUGUACCGGGGAAAAAUGUUGGCUAUGCCAGAUAUGCUGAUGUCUCCAGUGCCAACGAUGCUAUUGCAGUUUUACAUGGGAAGAUGGUAAAUGGUGUAAAGCUGAAAGUGAUGCAGGCAGAUUCUCCCAGAGAUGAGUCCAACAAGAGACAGAGGACCUAUUGAACUUGUUUAUAUCAGAACAGAGACUAAGUUAUGACAUGACCCUCAGCUGACUGACAGAAACCUGACUGGAGACAGCUUUUAUGUAAUGAUUUAGUAAAAUGUGUGUUAAAAAAAAAUACCAGGAAGAAAAAGUAACGUGGUCUACAUUUAAGAAUCUUUUUUUUUU